UGGCCCUUUCGCACGCGACACGAAAGCCAUAAAAUUUCGCCCGCCUCACGUCAUUCAGUGCCGCGGGUGGGGAUGCUCGCCCCGAUGGAACUGUGUGACCCGUUUCACGUCGUGUAAUAUUGUGCUUUGUUUCGCUUGUAAUGUUAUCGUCGGUGAUGCGUACCAUCCCAGUCCAUUACAUUUACUAUCAUAAUAAUGCAAAUGUUAUCAUUUGUAUCAGUUUUGUUCAAGAUCAGUGCAUCACAGAGAAGUGUGAAGCAGAUGUUUCAGUUUUCAUAAACCACAUAAAACUUGAGUGAUGAAUGCAACUGCAGUGACCUUCCACAUCAUUCUAGAGAAAUGAAGGAAAGAGAAGUAAUGUGUUGAUUUUCUACACUUGUUCGUCAUUCAAGAAUUAAAGAAUAUCCGAGAAUAUUAAUCAUGUCUUUAACGGCGAUCAUUGUCUGUUAAGUGAGGAGACUAAUAAUUCCUGUUAUAGCUACUUGCGUAACAGACGUAUUUAACUGAUACCACUGGUGUUUAUCGUUUAUGAGCGCUUAACGCUUCAGCUGCCAGAAUCUAGAACCAUAACCAGGCCCCGUUCACAAGCCGGCGCCUGGGGAACCUGCAACCACCCGACGAAGGUUCCUUCCUGACGGCGAGAACAGCGUCGGAUUUACGUACUCUUCUCAUCAUGAACCACGACGCGCGGCGACGCCUCACUCAGUUCCUGGUGCUUCAUGGGCCUUUCAUUCGCCUGGGUCUCCGCCUGGCGCUGCUCUCCGGCUGCGUGGUGGCCUUCCUGGCGGUGGCUGCGCGGAUCGUCACAUCUGGGGGCAAGGGCGUCCCGUGGAACCCUUUCGCGCGAGGCUCUCGGGCUGUGAAGGACUGCAGCCAAAUGUCGUACGACUGCAAGCGAGGCUGGGUGGACGACCCUGUCACCUUCAGUCAGGACCCCAACUACCCGAGGAUUCGUGACUGGGUGUAUGACCACAUCUACUUCAAUUUCUUUGACGGGACAACGGUGUAUGACAACCAGGACUCCACGAAAGGAACAGUUGCUCGCGGACCUCACAAGGAUGAGGUGUCCAUGUUCUCUCGGGUUCAAGAAAGGGCGGUGCGGUUCCUCGAUGGGAAGUACCCAGACAGGUAUUCUGCAGAAGAUUGUGCCUCCAUCAGGUACCGCACUCUGCCCACGACGGGCAUCGAAGUAGACGUGACAUGCAGAGACAAGCGCACGGGCGACAUCGACCGGGUGUCGAUGCUGGCGCCCCUGGAGUCGCCACGGGUCCUCUACCACCACCCGGUGGCGGGCAGUAGACCCAUCAACAUUAUCAUGCCGCUCAAGGGUCGACCUGAUAACCUCCAGAUCUUCAUGCAGAACCUGGCCAGCAUCCUGUCGAAGGACAACCGCCUCUCCGUCGGCCUCACGGUUGUCUACUUCAGAGACGACGACCAGCAGGAGUGUCAGCGCAUCCUCCAAGAAGCCGAGAAAUCGAUCCCGAAUCUCCAGGCAGAGUUCAUCCUCCAGGAGGGGCCGUUCUCGCGAGGGCGUGGGCUCCAGGUGGGCGUGGAAAAAACGACGCUGAGGGCGGAAGUCGUCUUCUUCUGCGACGUCGAUGUUCUUUUCACGAAGGAGUUCCUGACGAGGUGUCAGGCGACGCCCGUGGAAGGAUACCAGGUGUUCAUCCCCAUGGUGUUCUCGCUGUACAACCCCGAGUUCAUAUACCCUCUGCAUAAACACCGAAUUCCGCCGCCUAUUCAACAGCUGGAGGUCAACGAUAACAACGGCUACUGGCGCGUGUGGGGUCACGGCAUGGUCUGCAUCUACAAGUCGGACUUCUUCAAGAUUGGCGGCUUCGACAUGGCCAAGUCGGGCUGGGGCGGCGAGGACCUCGACCUCGUUAAGAAGACCGUCCGGGCGGGAAAGCACAAGAUCAUAAGGUCGCUGGAGCCUGGCCUCUUUCAUCGCUACCACAGCAAGGAAUGCGACGGCGCGCAGCAGUUCUUCGCCUGCAUUAAGGCCAAGGCGCUCAACGAAGCCUCCAAGCUGCCCUUUGGGCUGUGGUAUUUCAAGCAAAAGCACAACGUGUCCGUAUACGGUGUCCUGGCGGAGGGGAACGAGCCGCACGACCACGACGACUACGGAGGGCCCGCGAGGCCCGAGGUGGGUCCCUGCCCAAUCCUUGAAUUUUGUACGGACAAAAAUCGGGAAACGAUUUUGGGAGAAUUUAACUUCAGCAAGAAACUAGCUGAUGUGAUGUUUUCUGCCUCCGUGGUGCUAGUUGGAACAAUGAGCAACUUUAUGAUGAUAGCAGUUAAGCCUAUUGCGCCAUCGCCAUGA